GUGAGAUGCUCGUGACUGAAAUUGACAUGCACGUGCUUAGGCUAGCAGGCGGGCAACAGGAUGUCGCCGCGUUUGGUGUGGAUAUCCUCUGUCAGCUAGCACAUGCAAAGCCACUUUGAAAUGGAAAGGUGUUCCGUAUUGAUCCACCCGCACAAUCUUUUAACGGCACGUGACCAUGCGGUGGCACGUGCAAUUCUAAUCAAAUGUCCUUGUUAAGAGUUAUUUUGGACAUUUUACGUUUGAACGCCAAAGUUAGAGCACGGAUAGUGUAGUUGUUAACAGUUACUGACUAGUUUAACGAUAAAAUCCAUUCCCAAGGGAGGUGAUCAUUUUACAUGGAUUCAAAUAUGGAAAUGGAAAGAUCAUCUCAUAAAGUGAUUGAAAAGAGAAGGCGAGACAGGAUUAAUAAUUGUUUAGCAGAACUUAGUCAAAGUGUGCCUUCAGUUUUUGCCAAACAGACAUCGGGGAAACUAGAAAAGGCUGAAAUAUUGGAAAUGACCGUGGAGUAUUUGAGAGCAAUACAAGCUACUGAUAUUGGUAUUCGUUUUGAGAAUGGUGAAUGGUUUAGUGGCGAUAUUUGGUCGGAUUUUAUACAGCACUACCAGUUAGGAUACAAUGACUGUAUUAGAGAAGUUGUUCGGUAUAUGACAGACGUCGAAGGGAUGGGCCUCAAUGAUACCCGAUGCGUACGAAUUUUAUCCUAUCUUCAAACUAGAUUUCGACCAGAUUCUUCAAUCGGCGGUGCUGGGGCACACAGACCAACAAUGCAGCGUCUUUUAAUACCGAAUAAAAACAGUAAUUUAUCUGAAGAUACAAAAAUACAUCAUAAUUUACCAGCGCGUCGUUAUUCACCGUAUUCAACAUCACCAAAUAUGCAAUCCCGGUUAAAUGACUCAUUUUCUACAGAGAGAAAAACUAUUGCCGUAUCGCCGUCAAGCGUGUAUCCACUUAUGGCUUCAACCAUACGACCAUUGUCAAAAGUGCCACAUUCGCUACCUUUAAAUAUGUUACCAUUUCAGUAUGAAACGAUGUCAGAUAGACACAUAAUUCCAACUUCGGUUCAUAAUUCUCCUCAGUAUAAAUAAAGAAAUAUUAUGAUUUAGCCAUUGUUUAAUGUCAUGGGUUUCUUGUUUAAUUGAACUAUCAAUCAUUUUCAUUUAAUUUUGAAAAUAGUUUGAAGGUGCCUAAAGUAGAGAUGUAUAUCGGCUAUUGUGUUCCAGAUAUUCAUAUGUACAGUCAAUAACAUGACAAUUUCUCCUGUGAAUUGUUAAAUAUCUUAGAUCAU